AUGAAAGAGGACAGCAAGAGACAGAGACAGAGAGAGAGAGAGAGAGAGAGAGAGAGAGAGAGAGAGAGAGAGAGAGAGAGAGAGAGAGAGAGAGAGAGAGAGAAAUACAAGAAACAGAAAGAGAGAGAGAAAGAGAUGGUGGUACUGACAGUGGCGGUGGCGGUCGUGGUGGCCGUGAUCGGUGUCGACAGUGGUGGUGGCAAUGGUGGUGGCAGUAGUGGUGGUGGUGGCAGUAGUGGUGGUGGUGGUGUCGGCAGUGGUGGUGGUGACAGUGGUUGUGGUGGUGUCGGUGGUGGUGGUGGUGUCGGUGGUGGUGGCAGUGGCGGUGACGGUGGCGACAGUGGUGGUGGUGACAGUGGUGGUGUUGGCAGUGGUAGUAGUGGUGGUGGUGACAGUGGUGGUGUUGGCAGUGGUAGUAGUGGUGGUGGUGGCAAUGGUGGUAACAGUGGUGGUGAUGUUGGCAGGCAGUGGUGA